GGCCUGUUUCUACUGUGUACUCGAGAGGAUUUGUGAAGUCACUGCAGAGAAACAGACUGAGAUGAAACUAAAUGUAACAAGAUUUGAAAAUACAUCUGAAGAUAAUAUGCUGAACAUAACAAUGAAAACAAUAAAGAUCAUUAGAUAAAAUGGCUGUUCCUCCAGCAUACGCAGACCUUGGAAAGGCUGCAAAGGAUGUUUUCAAUAAGGGCUAUGGUUUUGGAAUGGUGAAAAUCGAUGUCAAAACCAAGUCUGCAAAUGGAGUGGAGUUCAAAACAUGUGGCUCAUCGAACAUGGACACAAACAAGGUUGGUGGGAACCUGGAGACCAAGUACAAGUGGGCAGAAUACGGACUGACCUUCACUGAGAAGUGGAACACAGACAACACGCUCGGCACGGAGAUCACUGUGGAAGACCAGAUCACUAAAGGAAUGAAGCUGACCUUUGACACGACCUUCUCACCAAACACUGGAAAGAAGAGUGGAAAGGUGAAGACGGCCUAUAAACGUGAAUAUCUGAACGUGGGCUGUGACGUGGAUUUUGACUUUGCCGGUCCUGCGAUUCACGGAGCCGCUGUGGUGGGAUACGAGGGCUGGCUCGCCGGCUACCAGAUGACUUUUGACUCGGCCAAGUCUAAAACGACUCGCAGCAACUUUGCAAUCGGAUACAAAACCGAAGAUUUCCAACUGCACACUAAUGUAAAUGAUGGCACAGAGUUUGGCGGCUCUAUUUAUCAGAAGGUGAAUGAUAAUUUGGAGACGGCAGUGAAUCUGGCCUGGACCACCGGCAAUAACAGCACACGCUUCGGCAUUGGAGCCAAAUACAUGCUGGACUCCAACACGUCUAUUAGUGCUAAAGUGAAUAAUUCAAGCCUGGUUGGAGUUGGCUACACUCAGACAUUAAGACCCGGAGUGAAGCUGACUCUAUCUGCUCUGGUGGAUGGAAAGAGCAUCAACUCUGGAGGCCAUAAACUGGGUCUGGGACUUGAGCUGGAGGCGUAACCCCCCAUCCCGUUCGCCAGAAGAAGGGAGUCUUUGUCUCUGCCGUUGUGUAUUUCUGGCUCACGAUGAAACAUCUGGAUAGGGAAGAGAGUGAUUUCUAAACAUGCAUCUGUUUGCUGAUAGAUCACAGUCGCUCCUACAGUUUAAACUGAGUGCUGAACCCAAACCUAAACAUUGUGUUGUCUUAUUUAUUUGCUCUAAUUCUUUCAUUGUCAGUGAAAUACAUCUUUCCAAACCAACACUUCCAAUCUGAAUGUGCUUUCUUUACAUUUACAUUUCAUCUCUUGUUCAUUCCGAAAGAAGAUGAGUGUUUAAAGGUAUAAUUCUGUUAUCAUUUACUCACCCUCAUGUCAUUCCAAAGCUGCAUUCUGUGGAACACAAAGGGACAGAUUUAAAGAUUCAUUACGCAGCUGCUUUCUAUACAAUGACAGCUGUUAAGCACCAUAAAAGUCGUGCAUUUGACUUGUGCGCUAAAUAUUCAAGUCUUCUGAAGUUAUACAGCAGCUUUGUGUGAGGAACAGACUGAAAUUGUAGUCUUGUUUUCUCUGAAAACCACGUUAUUCUCCACCACCACAGCGCUCAAAUCUACAGAUCCCCCUUUCUAAAUUAGUUUGUGUUCCCAUGCGAUAUCUUUAUCCAUCCCUUACAAAAAUUAACCAUGGUAACCUCAGUUCAUCUAUUAUAUUUGUAGUAAAACCAUAGUAAGCACACACUUUACCAUGGUUUUACUACAGUGACCAUAUUUUAACCAUGAUAUUCGUAAUAAAGCCUUAGUAAUAAUACUGGGAAUCCAAAACUAUGGAAAUGAAAAUCGUAAUAAUUCUGCCAAAAAACAAAAGCAUGGUAACUAAAGUUUUACUGUAGUAACACCAUGGUUAAUUUGUGGUACAAGUAUGGCAUUGAAAACCAAAUAAAACAUGCCCUUACAAAAAUUAACCAUGGUUUUACUAUAAUAAAGCUGCAGUAACUAUGUAACCAUUUUGUAUUUAUUUUUCUAUCAUGGUAUGUACAAACGAAUCACGGUCUUACUAUAGUAAAACUAUAGUAAAAGGAUGGAUUAAGGUAUUGCGAGGGAAUGCAAAUCUUUUUGUUAGAGAAUGCAAAACAAUUUCAGAAAUUCCCUCCCGGUUUUCAAAAUGGGAAUAAUUUCAGGGAAAAAUAGUGCAAUUUUUGUUUUUUAAUUUUUAAGUAAAAAGCGAACUUUUGACAAAAUUAUUGUUUUCUAAAGACUAGUCGAAAAUUACAAGGUUAAUCACGAUUGCUUUAUUUUUUUGAGCCACAGUUUUAAACAAAUCUGCAUAUAGUUUUGUGAAAAAUUAUUUCUUAAAAAAAUAUUGAAAAUGUGUUCUUUGCAACAUACAUACUUAUGAGAAUAGAUUACUUGUGUUUUAUCUGUAGCUUACGGCAUUAGAACGAUAUUUGUUGUGAAAAGUGCUAUAAAAAUACAUUUUGAAUUGAAUCGAAAAUAUUUCUCUUCAGGUUUUUACAUCUUAUUUUACUGUGAUAUUGUUUUAAAAAAAGAGACGCUGUCAACUUAAUAUAAAGUAAAUAUUAUUUUCAGAUAUUUUAAUAUUUUACCCAUUUCUUUUUGUCAUUAGUGCAAUAACAAGUUUGAAAACAUGCUGUGUUUAUAUCAUCAUUUAUAUAUUUUUCUCACACAGUAUAAUCGGGAAUUUAUGCAUUCAAAUUAAUAGCUGGCCUUAUUUUUUAGGAAGGGCGUCCUUGAGGCAAAAACCCCUCACAUAUGUCGGAACUGAACACGACGCAACAGUUCAAAUAUCUUUAUUUAUGGUUUUUACUGUAAUUACUGAUGCUGUAAAAAGGUGCGUAAAUAUUCUGCUCUUGUGUUCCAAAGAAAGUAGGUUUGGAACGACACGAAGGUGCAUAAAUAAUGACAGAAUUUAUUUUUAAAUAUCUAAAGAUUCCAUAAAUAUUGUUUUGAAUUUAUAGUCAAUCUUCUCCUGCUUUAGAGAUUAAUCUGCUCAUGAAGAGUGUUUUAUUCCUGCUGCUGUUACUGAUGUUCACACGUCUGGAGCUGCUGUAGUUCUGGCUUUUGUGUACUGAUUUCUGGCUGUUAUGGUAGUCGGCUUUAUCGUCCUGUUAUGUCUUUAUUCAGACGUCAUCAUGAUAAAACCUGUUCUCUCUGUGUGAAUUGUUUGGGGAACCAAAGCUGUGUCUCGUCUCUACACAAUCUCUCCCGAAACACUCGCAUAGAUGUGUCAUGAGGGUGACGUAAACCAUGCAAGAACCUUUGUGUAUGUCAACCUUUGCAAUAAAGUCUUUAAACUGAA